AUGGCUGGUCCUCUACUAUUCUUCGUAAAGGCGAGAAUUCCGGUUUCCCGUUCCACAUACCCUCGACGAGUCAGCUUUGCUUUCCUCAAGAGCUCCAGUUUCUGGGUCCUAGAGAUAGGGAACAUCUUGCAAGGGAUGGGGUUCUUCAUGCCUAACAUAUACCUGCCUACCUACGCCCGUACUAUUGGUUUGUCAUCCGUCGACGGUGCACUGACAGUCGCUCUAUUCAACACCACCUCCGUCUUUGGCACUAUCAUCAUUGGCAGCUUGACUGACCACUUUCACGUUACGUCGGUCAUCCUCAUAGCCACCGUAGGAGCAACAGCAUCCGUAUUUCUAUUCUGGGGUUUCUCUGGAUCCCUGCCAUUGCUCUGCAUCUUUAGCCUGAUCUAUGGUCUAUUUGGAGGCGGUUACUCCUCUACUUGGUCAGGCAUAACGCAGGAAAUCAGAAAACAAGAUGAAAAGGCAGAGCUUGGGGUGGUCUUUGGCCUAUUGGCUGCGGGAAGGGGGGUUGGCAGCGUGAUAUCUGGGCCCUUAAGUGAAGCUCUUGUCGCCGGGCGGCCAUGGUCUGGGGAAGCAGCACUUGGCUAUGGAUCGGGAUUUGGGCCAUUGAUUGUCUUUACGGGCAUUUCCAUGAUCCUGGGUGAAAAAGAUGGCCGUCUGACUGAAGAAAUUGGAGUCGAAUUUGUCUGCGCAGUGACCCAGUCGCUUUAUCGAAGCCGUAAAUCCCUUCGAAAUAGCACCUUUGACUCCUGCUUGAAGAGUAGUAAGAAGUGGCUCCGCAGAACACUAGAGAGUGCUGCCGUUCGGCAAGCUAUCGGUGCAAGUCCACAGCAAUGGAUAGACAUCAACCAAGUCUUUUAUCUAGGAAUACCGGCUUUGGAAGUGCAAUCUAUUCCAUCCGACGCGAACUCUGCCAGCGGCGUCACAACUUCGUCAGCGCUCAUGACACUAUACUAUGAUACCUUGAUGAAAGAUCUAGAACGUAUGAAUGAUUUAUUGCUGAUUGCCAGAAAUUGUUUGGCGACCACACAAAGAGCACAGAAUCUGGCCGGGGAAAGUCUUUUGGACCAGCAAGUGUUGAAGCUGAUCGACCUAUGUGUUAGAGUAACAGCAAGAGGCUACGAUGGGGAGACCCCCAGCCGGACUGAACAACCAUGGGCGAAUGUCAUCGGCGCGUACAAGAAGCUUCUCAUUACUUGCCUACAAUUUCUACAUAAUUUCAUCAUGAAAAAUGAGCAGCGCAAGUUACUUUUAUGGCUUGAUCUCUUCGCCAAUUCGAAGGUCGCAAGUCACUACACACUUCCACCUGGCAUGGGGCGGGAAAGGCAUGAGUCCGAAGGCCCUGAAAGCUUGGUCCAUGACGACAAAGCUGAAUAUGUUGAUGACCUUAGGAGUAGGAAGCCGCCGGACGCGGUAGAUGUUUCAAAGGAUGGUUCUCCAAAAUCAAAGCGGUUGUCGUCUUCGAAGCCAAAGAAAGAUGUCGGUACUCUAAUGGAGGAGGUAUCCUCUGAUGGACGUCGAGCUAAACCGAACGUGAAGAGAGCAAAUAUAAGUCUGGGUAGCGGCAGCCCGUCAGACGAAAAUUUCAGUACUCUCGACGGAGAUUCAGAGCAAGAAUUGCUAUUCGGUGCCGUCAAAACCGAGCGAGGUGACGAGUUUGGAGCACUUAGAACCCCUCAAUCAGCAGCAGUCACCCUCCAGGCUGCGAAAGACCAGCUCAUGGCUCGACUAGCCGAUCAACCAUUAGAAUCGGAAGAUGUAGAACCUCCAUCCACCUUACCAGAGACUAGCAAUGGCCAAACCAACGGCGAAAGUAUUGCUCUGAGUGAAGAAGAAGAAGAAGAGGAUUAUAGAGAGCAUGAACCAGGUGACCAGCAACGUGGACUUCUAACAGAUAUUCCUCUGGUUCUUGGGCCGCACGAGAUAGAAGCCUUGCCAAUGAUCAUACAAAUUGGCAUAUGUCCAGGUUUGGGUAGUGUAUUACAUGGUCGAGAUAUGCAAGCUAUGAGGUGCAAUAUACUUUUGGCCGGAGAAGCUGGUCGAAAUCUUUUAAGGGAGCUACUCAUUUUCAUUGCCGCGUGGGAUCUGCAGGAAGGCGAAAUCUACUUUAAGUUGAUGAUGCAAAUCAUGGAGGCAAUACUCGACAAUGGUCUCAUGCCUUACGCAUACCAAACAUUCUCAGAAGUCAAGGACAUCGUCUCGCCAGCGCAGUCCAUGGUUAUCAAGCUUUUGACCCAAAUUUUCCGAGGAAAGCAAGACGAGACGCUCGAAAAAGCGAAGAGUGUCAAGACCAAAGGCAAAGAUCGAAAGGAGAUUGCUCUUUCUAACCCUCAUGCCAACGCUUCGAGGCGCGUAGACAUUUACAUCGUUCGAUACAUCUUCACGAUCUUCCGGUCAUCUAUCAUCCCAGAGACAUGUGCUCUGAUUUACCUACAAGGCCAGAUCAAGGCAGGUACGGCGCUCCCAGAAGAUUUCCCUCUAAAUUUGUGGGAUAUGGAACGCGUCUACGAAGGUGUCUACCAAUUUCUCGAAUUCUUUGCUGUGCUGACCGAGAGCGAGGAAUGGAAGGAUCUUCUUGUGAACUGGGAAAUUACAUCGGAGCUGAUUACCCUGCUCCGAGAGCUUGAAGUAAGCAUUCCCAAGCCACCUAUCAAUGCGAAUUUGAUGCCCCAAACUCUCGCGGAAGCGCAAUUUGCGGCGCUGCAGCAAGAAGCACAACGACUCGCGGGACCUCAAGCAACAUCGACGUCGAGUACGCAAACACCUGUCGCAGUUGAGCGUCCAUUUGAUGUGAACGUAAACGGCGGCACGCUACCUGCUACUUCAAAUGACGGCUAUCCUUCCCUUCCUCCUCAAUCAGAUCUAUCAGAGCAAGAGUCUAUCGAGUCUGCAGAUCCCAGCGAUUUCGAAUGGCGUAACCUCAAGAAGCUAGUCAUCCUUGUGCUAUCAUCUCUGGUCUGGAAGUCGCCUACUGUACAAAGGCAAGUGCGACAAUACGGAGGUGUAGAGAUGGUGCUCGCUUGCUGUAGUUAUGAUGGUAACAACCCGUACAUCAGAGAGCAUGCCAUCAUGUGCCUGAGAUUCGUACUCGAGGGAUCCCCCGAAAAUAAGGAGAUUGCUACGAAGCUGCAACGGGUAGGCAAAGUGCCCGUUGCCGACCUUGUGCAAGAGGCUAUGUCAGGCGUGCCCUCAGUGAGAAAAAGUUCUCAGGCUCUUGAGGGGCGCAGUGGGAGAUGA